AUGUCUGCUUUAGCUGGGAUCCUCGUAUUUGUCACAUUUAUGGAAUAUUCAGACUUGAUUAAGCUGGAAGUCCCGCCCUAUGUUUAUGAAGGAGAUACAAUCACUCUGAGAUGUUACAGUCACCCUGCAGGUUAUACUGUCAAAGGUGUCGUCUUCUAUAAGGAUGACAAGAUCAUAAAGUCUUCUACAAGCAAUAUUAAUUUGCAUCUGGAGCAUGUGACUCUAAAUUACACUGGUCAAUACAAAUGUAAAAAAAAAUUGUAUUACACUCAGGAUGACUUUUACACUGCUGAAGCUUUCAUUACUGUCAAAGGCCUUUUCCCAUCUCCACAAAUAAAAGUGACAACACAUCUGGUGUUAGAGGGUGAUAACAUGACCCUGACAUGUAACACAUUUCUGAAUCCGCUCAGACAAAAAAGAGAACUCCAUUUUGCUUUUUAUAAGGAUGAUCAGAAUGUGCAGAGUUUCAGUUUAUCUGAUCAAUAUGAAGUUCAGUUUGCUCAGCUAAAGGAUUCAGGGAAAUAUUACUGUGAAGUGACAACAUCCAACAACCGCAUAAUGAAGAAGAGUGCAGAGUUUAAUAUUCACAUAAAAAAUCUUUUCUCAGCUCCAGAACUGAAAGUGAAUCCAAAUCCAGUGGUAGAAGGUGAUCUCAUGACCCUGACAUGUAGCACAAGUCCUAGUCCACUCGGACAGUUGACACAACUGCUGUUUACUUUCUACAAAAAUGGACAGAAUAUUCAAAGAUACAAUUUAUCCGAUCAAUAUACAGUUCAGUUUUCUCAUAUGGAGGAUUCUGGGAAUUAUUCUUGUAAAGUGAGAACUUUAACCAACAGUGUAAAGAAGCUGAGCAAACCGACUAACAUCCAGAUACAAGGCCUUUUCCCAUCUCCACAAAUUAAAGUGACUCCACAUCUGGUGUUAGAGGGUGAUAACAUGACCCUGAUGUGCAACACAAUUCUGAAUCCACUCAGGCAGAAACAAGAUCUCGAUUUUGCUUUUUAUAAGGAUGAUCAGAAUGUGCAGAGUUUCAGUUCAUCUGAGCAAUAUGAAGUUCUGUUUGCUCAGCUGAAAGAUUCUGCGAAAUAUCACUGUGAAGUGACAACAUCCAACAACAGUGUAAUGAAGAAGAGUGCAGGGUUUAAUAUUUACAUAAAAAGAAAUUCAGGGAAGCUGAGCCGAGAGAGUUGA